AUGACUCGAGAAGAGGCAAUGUUGGAUGAAGACUCUGAGGAUCAAGGAGUAUCUGAAAGCCAUUCAAAGCCUGAAGGUGUCACAAAAGAGUCUGACACUCCCUCUACCUUAUCAAAUCCGAUCAAUGGUCCCUCUACCUCGUUGAUUCUGAUAGCUACCCCUCAAUCAUCCAACCCAAUCCCCACCACCAAACUUUACAAAUGUAGCAAAUGCCGCCAACCUGGACAUCGGGCCAACAAAUGUCCGGUUAACCAGUCGCAUUCUCAACCUACCGAUUUGUUUAAUGCCACUCAACCUCAACCUGACGAUUUCUUUGAUGCCACUCAACCUACCGAUUUGUUUGCUACUCAACCUACCAAUGAUUGUGAACAAGGUUUGUUUUUUCAGGAGGAGAGUGAACACAACAAGGCAUUGUUACUGUUUACUGAGGAUUCCGAAAGUCAAAGUGGGUCCGACACAGAAAAUGACGAAGCACUUUGUCCAUUUUGCGAUGAAGAGAUGCCUGCGAACCCAUCCGAUAAACUUCUCUCUUUGCGGGCCGAACUGCUGGCUAUGCCCGAAAUAACUCAGGGGAUUGGUCGCUCAGGAUCAAGGAGUCUUCCAUUCGCACAAACGGCAACUUUUUGCGGCCUUCAUGAGGCAGAGCGCCAUAUAAUUCCCAAAGGUAUCAGUGAAGGCUGGCCAACCUCAAUCAACUUCAACGGUCUUGCGAGGUGA